AUGUAUAGGACGGAUUCAUGUAUUGUGGAUACAGAUAUAGGACGGAUACAGGUACAGAACGGAUACAGAUAUUAUCUUAAAUUUUUGCUCAGGCUUCGACUCCACUUUGACGGAUACAGUGAUAGCCAUGAUUUCUGGGAGAAUGCUGAUAGUGAAAACCUGUUCCCGGCAACAUGGUGUUCAAGGAACAAUCAGAAACUCACUCCUCCGAAAGGAUAUGGGAAGACUGUAUUCUGCUGGGACACUUAUCUCAGAAUAACGAAGAGUAUUGCUGCGCCAGAAGAGCUGUUCUUUGGUCGUUCAAGAGCAGCUGUAGGAGCAGAUUCAGCUGUUCAUGGUUGGAAGAUCGGGAUGAAGCUUGAAGCUUGUGAUAGGCAGAAUAAAUCACUGGUCUGUGUGGCAACUGUUGGGAACGUUAUGGAGGGUCGUAUUCUUCUACAUUUUGAUGGUUGGGAGAUAGAUUACGAUUACUGGACUAAACCUAGCAGUAUGAAUGUCAAGCCUGUUGGUUGGUGUGCAGCUAACAGAAAACAACUUAAUCCACCUAAGGGCAAUCAUCCGUCAGCAUUUUCUUGGCCCGAAUAUCUAAAUUUAACAAAAUCUAAACCGGUUCCAGCAUGGGCAUUCAGGAGUCCAGGAUCAUCGAGAGAUGAAACAGAUUUCCAGGAGGGUUUCCGGUUAGAAGCCGUCGAUAUAUAUAAUCCUAAGAUACUCAGGGUAUCCAGUAUAGCAGCAGUAGAGGGUCGUCAGUUUGAGGUACACUAUGACGGGUGGCCGGACGAAAUGAACCACUGGGUUGACGAUGAUAGUACAGAUAUCCAUCCUUGUGGCUGGGCGGCCAAAACAGGACAUCCCUUGAUGCCUCCUCUCACUCCACAGGAAGUUAAACACUGGCGGGAGAGAGGAAGUUGUGAGACUCCAGGUUGCCGCGGGAUUGGUCAUAUCAAGGGUUCCCGGUACACAGGUCAUCACAGCGUCUCUGCGUGUCCUUACUCACCCCAAAACCUGGAGAUAAAUAGUCAUGUCUCCGAUAGAUUACAGGGAGCUGACAGAGAACGCAGUGAAGAAUAUAGACUUCAGUUGAUAAAGGGAGAGAGCGGAGAAGCACUAGGACGAGGAAACAGAAGAAGGAAGAAGAGAAAGUUCUUUGACGAGGAUAAUCCUGAGGGAGAACCAGAGGAGAAGAGGUCAGAUGAAGAGGGGAGAAGUGUCUCAAGGUUGAGUGAUGGAAGUAACUCUCCCGUUGAUACAAUUCGUGUGGACGUUGCUGGUUCAAUAACUCGGAGAGCUAAACGAAGUACAUCUACAGAGAAUAGUCAACACAGUUCAAGAUCUUCAGAUGAAUUCAAGGAUGAAUUGGAUAUAAAGGAGGAACCCCUGGACCCACUUCAAGAGGACACGAACCUCCUGCCGACCAAGAAGGAGUUGAUAUCUGUUGGGAUUCAGACCGAAGAGCAACCUUCUCCUUCCCCUCCUCCUUUCUAUGAGGAGUGGAGUGAAGGGGUGAGAAGAAGUGUCUGGCAACCAGGAUACCUUCCACAACCAGAACCAACAGGAACUCUGGCUGCUAACUGGUCUGAACAUAGUAAGAUACUGCUAGGGGGUAGAACAGAGAACAGUAAACUAACUUAUAACAAGGCAAAACAUUGGAAUAUAAAUCAGGUGGUUGAGUUCCUGAAUUGUAUACCAAACCUGGAUUAUGAAGAGCUAGAGGAGUCAGUAAGGGAGCAGGAACUAGAUGGAGAAUCAUUACUUAUGCUUACGCAGAAUGAUAUAACCCAAUUACUGGGGAUAAAACUGGGACCUGCAAUCAAGAUCUACAAUGCAAUCAUGGCUGUGAGAAUGCGUAGAGAAUAAAACAAGAAUUCAGGAUAAAUAUGAAUUAAUCAAAAUUAAUAAUGCAUUUGACUAGCAGCAUGAUUUUAGUUUUCUGCUUAAUCUUUCAACCUUUUAGUUUUAUUUUAAACAUGUUUUCCUUUGGUUUUUUAUUAUUUAAAUUUAUCAAUAUUUGUCUAGUUUUAGUAAAUAGUAUAUGCAGUUUGAUACUAAAUUGUAGAACCUUGUUCUAAAUAAAUUUGCGAUUAUUUAA